AUGCUGUCCUGCUGCUGCAACGGCAAAAAGCGAAUAGUAUUUUUGUGAUCUAUCUGGAGGAUGCAAAAUAAUGACACUUUAGUUCUCCUACGAUGUAAGAGAUUACCACUCUAUCAAUGCAUUUUGUCAACAUGGGUAAGCGAAACAUUGACGUAUGGUCGGCAUGAGAUGUGAUGCUUUCAGGUGGCUGCCGCUUCUGCCACUGAUCUUCGAAUUCGCGAGGCGUGAGCCAAGUCUCUGCUGCAGCAUCACUAUCAAGCCACUCACAGACCGUCCAUGUUAUGGGCCAAUAAUUGACACACUAGAAUCCCGUACUCUGCUUAAGAUGGCUGACCCCUACAUAUGUUGCUGGUUCGCAAUCCAGCAGGGAGAAUCUGCAUACUCUCGUUCUCUCCGCCCGUUCUGGAUAUCACCCGUCCAACGCAGCCUAGACGCGAUCACCUUGAUGGCGUGUUCAUCUUUGCAUGAACCAGCUUCGAACCCCGGAGUACGAGGCCAUCUGCAGCAGCACGAUCAUAUGAGCACAGCCCGAGACGUUGGUAGCCAGGAGCCAUCCGCCGUAAUGCUACCAUGGCCUCAAUCCAUAUUUAUUCCUUGUAUUUUGACAGGGACCAUUCUCUUCCUCGUCACCCUGUUACUUCUUUGGAUUCGUCGGGAAAAGCAAAAGCCAGAUCUCCUCCCACUUAGCCCUAUCCGUCUCCUCGUGUUCUCUUUUAUUGCGUUGGGGUUGGCUGUAUCAACAAUUGCAAUCACUACCAUUGGAGAACAGGAGGAAUGUGUGAAGGAAUGCGUAAAGGAAUGUAUUGAUAUAUUUACAUCGGUUAUCAUAAUACUUCAGUAUUUUUUAACGGCAAUCAUUGCUUCACUUGCGUACGAGAGUUCUGCAAUGUUGUUUGAGAAUGGGCCCAAGUUUACAGGAAGACUUCUGCAAAACUACUUAAAGGGAGAUUUUUUCCAAAUUUUGAGGCCAUCAAUCAUUCCGGUUCUUGUAUCCACAACAUGCGGCAUUAUCAUUAUGAUAGGGCGUUCUUCAGGUGCACUUCUCCACAGAGUAACGUCUAUUCUCCUCAUAUUCGUGGCCGCUUUCGAUACAUGGCAUACAGUGGAAGUCACUCGCAUUUCUUCGGUUUUUAUUAACCGAGAUUUCCGGGGCGAGCUGGAGCAGGGACGCGUUACGAAAAUGAAGCGAGCUGCUUCGUGGUUUAUUGAAGGACUUAGAUUGAUCAUAACAACAUUGGAAAUAUUUUAUGGUGAUGAUAUGACAAGAAGGCAUAUAUUUGCUUUCAUUAUUGUGGCGAGGAUGCUUGUUGUUAUUCUGGUGAACACGCCACUUGCCCUGUUAUUCUGUAUUUCAGGAGGGGAGUGGGAGUUACAGAUUUCGUACACGGUGUCGACGCUUUCAUCCUUAGUCUUAGCAUCUCUUAUGCAAGGCUAUCGUUUCAAACUUAAGCCUCGAGAACGCUCGACGCAACAUCUGAGUCUAAGAACAAACUCCUAAGAAUCCCUUGCAGACACAGAGAGAUAGCGCGCGCGCAUGAAUUUCAGGAAUUAAGGCUCGAGACGGUCCUCCUGAUUAUGCAGAUGAUACGUGCAUGCAUGGAUGGACUCUUGCCGAAAGGAAUUUCAAUAAAAGGUAUUUAUAAGGCUGAGGUCCUGUGAAGAGUAGUCAACAGGCAAAUAUCCAAUUAAGCAUAUAAGUACAACAAGAUUGAUGUAUGAAAUCUGCGCUUACAUUCACAGAGGAUUAUUGUUAUGCAAAUCACGGACAAAUGAACAAACUCGGUAUGAUCAAUCAUCAUCGUGGAGAGAGCUCCACUGUGCGUUGACCUGCUCUCGCUGUCAAUACCUUUGCUCUCCUCCGUUGACACACGAUCACCGUGUUCAAAGCCUAGGCUUCGCCCAACAACUGCAGAAGUAGAAAGAAAGGCCAUUGGUCAGGCUUCUAUAGAGAAGGAGAACAGCGACGAACAAAUUCAUCUUGGACACAAUUAUACUAGAUCAAGUGGAAGAGAUCUGUGAAAUGUUUCUUGUUCUGUUAAACCCAAGAUUAGAGAAUCUGUGUGAACAAUCG